GCCGUAUUCACCCACCUGCCCUAUUCCUGACCUCAUGAAGUUGCUGCUAACUACCUUCACAGCCUGCACUCUCUUAUUUAGCCCAGCCAUAGCUGCGUUGUCUGGUGACAAGUGUCCUGAAGACACACUCUCCUGUUCAGCCAAUAUCAAGGAGGCCGACACCUGCUGUUACGAAGUGAAUGGAAUCUUUGCUCUUGUGGACUUUUGGAUCAAGGGUGUUGGGCCGGAGGACAAGUUCAGCUUGAACGAACCAUAUCCACACACAUGCGACAACACGCUUACUGGCGCCGACGGCUGUGACCCUUCCCGCAAAGUGGAUAAUGUGGAGUCAAUCAUCAGCACUGUGAACAAGACGCUGUACAAAGACAUGAGGACACACUGGUCGUCCGAUGGAGACAACGAGCCCCUAUGGCUACAUAUUUGGAAUGUGCAUGCCAUCUGCAUGUCUACGAACCGGCCCGAGUGCUUCUCGAAUUUUUCCAGAUACCAGGAUAUGGUUGCAUAUUUCUCUAAUGCUUUGGCGCUGUACAAAAGGUACAACUUUUAUGCAGCUCUAGCCAAGCACGAUAUCGUCCCGGACAACAGCAAAGCAGUCGAUCCAGCCAAAUUCAAGAAUGAAAUCAAGGCGGAACUUGGCAUCGAUGCGGCCAUCCGCUGUUUGCACAACGAGCUUGUUGAAAUUCGUGUGUGUUUCAAUAUGCUAGGCAGAGACAGAUACGUUCCAAUCGAUGCCUGUUCUGACGAUACUUGUCUUGCACCAUUAAGCUACCCGCUUAAAUAAACAAAA